UGAGGAGGGAGACAUGAUGGCGGGCGAUUCAUCGAGUGUGCUACGACGUCUAUAUGACAAGGCCCGCUGGAAAGGUGGUACUGUCGCCUGACUGUUUAGAAAUCGUACAUCGUGUUAUAUUGGCCCAUGACCAGCAUGGAAGUGCGCGAGAAUGAAUGAAGGCAAAUGGCGUUGAAGUGUGAGAGCUGAGGCGCUGCUGUUGGAACUGUGAACAUAGUUGCCAGAUGUGGCUGAUGCCCACACGCCACAAUGAGGCUUGCCAAGAAUUCUCACCUCUACCUCUCCAAGGUUUUCUCCCAUCAACCAAAAACGACAAGCCAAACAUCGCCAGCAUGCCUGCACUCAAAGCCGAAUAUACGUCACCGACUUGCCAAAGUUACGACCAUGCAGUUGAACUUCCAGCAAUAUCCUCUUCACCAUCCACCGAUGAGCGUGUCGAUUAUCUCCGUGCAAUGCAAUCCGGCAUCAAGACUUUGCAGGAAAACUUAAACAAGUUCCUAACGGAGAAAAUGGCCGAAGAAAAAGCCAGUGGGGAGAAAAAAGAGGAUGUUGAAGCAGAGGAGAACUAUGGCGAGGAAGUUGUUGACGGUGAAUGAAGGCAUCCGUCGCGGUUCCAGCAGCAACUGCAUUUUAGAACUGCGUUUCCGUCAUGGGUGCGAGUUAGAAGUGGACUCGACCCGGUGAAAGCGGCCGACCAGUUCAGGAUUUGUGCCGUCGCGACACCACCGGCGGGCAUGGCCACUUGGGAUGUACGCAAGGCAAUCUCUCUAAGACGGUCAUAUCGUGGUAUGCACAGAGAGAGUGGAUCGGGUCACCAGGGCCGGGGCCGGCUUCGAUGCAUCUGUUACCCUUACAGGUUAACGAACCAAAUCGAAGAAACGUCUAGGAAGCGCUUGUCUUGAUAUACAACAUCUUGUCCGCGUCGCCAAUUCAGUGGACCAAAAUUCAAGGCUCUGCCACCAUUCUGGCCAAUACCUGUGAUUUUUGCAAAACUGGGUUCUCAUGACUAUAUAGAACUUUAGGGGCAUUGCAAUAUAAUGU